AAACUCUCUCUCUCUCUCUCUCUAAGAUAGAGAUAUUUUUCCCCACGCCCCCAGCUUCCUCCUCCCCGUGGAAUAAAAACUCUCUGGCGUCCAUCUCGUCCUCGUGUCUCUCCCAAUUAGAUGCCGCGGUAGCGUUGCACUGCGUCGUGUCGCGCCGUCGCGGGGGUUCCGGCAGUUCCCAUGGACGCGGGGGCCGGAUCCGGCAAUGCCUCCGGCGGCGCCGGCGCGUCGGUGUGCUGCUACUACGCCCUGCUCGGCAUCCGCAAGAACGCCUCCGCAACCGACAUACGAGCCGCCUACCGGAGGCUCGCCCUGAAGUGGCACCCGGACCGGUGGGCGAGCGACCCCGGCGCGGCCGGCGAGGCCAAGCGGCGGUUCCAGCGGAUCCAGGAGGCGUACUCCGUUUUGUCGGACAAGGGGAAGAGGGCCAUGUACGACGCUGGGCUCUUCGACCCCCUCGACGACGACGACCAGGAUUUCUCCGACUUCAUGCAGGAGAUGCUGGUGAUGAUGGAUAACGUGAAAAACGAGAAGCAGGACACACUGGAAGACCUGCAGAAGAUGCUUGAGGACAUCGUCAACGGCGACGGCGGGAGCCGCGGCGGCGGCGGGCGCGUGCCGUCGGACGGAUCCCGGCGGACGCGCGUCUCGCCCUACCCGCAGCAGCAGCGCAGGUGACCGGCGCGCCGCUGUACGAGAUGUACACGUGCGCGCUUGUGUACCUACGCUUUUAGUGAAAGAGACCAGAGAGAAGAUGAGCAAGCAAGGGGAUCUCAGGAAGCAAAAAAGAAUAAAAAAAUUGCCCAACUCGGGUUACCACUUUUAGGCCGUCUGAUAAUUGACCCUUUUCUGUAGUUGUUCACUUGAUUGUGUGCUGGGUCGGGUGCUGUUCGUUUCCGGCCUCGUCGCCGCUAAGAUUGGCGGACGCGUGGCCGGGGACGCCCCCCCGUCUUGUUGACGUUUCGUGCUCCAAUUGUCACUGGAAUUCUUACUCUUUCUGUUG